AUGAAUAGUCACACGUGCUCAGCUUGCCAUUUACAGGCGCCAUCAUUUCGAGGUCUCUGUAACUCUUGUCUUGACAUUCGACUUGGAGGGGGUUCCAGCUCUCCCACCCAACCCACCAGUGCUUCCAGCAGCUCCACCGGCUCUGGUUCUCCCCAUCUUCUCAAUUUCAAUCAAAACCACAGUUUUCCGGCCUCUACGCAUCCUGGACCACAUCUUCCUACUCCGCAAUACGCCUACCCAAAUGCGCCACAGCCAAACCCAGCUCUGAACGCUUUCAAUACUCAGGCUUUCAAGCAAGCAGCCGCGACAUCUAAGCGAGGACGCACGGUGCCUAGUGGAACCAUCUCUAGCCGUCCACGAGGCCGACACAAUUCAAAUACACCUGCAUAUGAUGCAUCUAGUCCGGUUAUAACCGUCCUCUGUGGAUUCGAAACAUUCAAGGCUUCGAAAUGGGCCAAGCAAAGGCUACUUUCAGUCUCUCGAACAAUUGAUGUUUACCAACCUGAUGCUUAUGAAGAUUUGCGAUUGGACCUUUGGAAUCAUUUCCUUGAUGUGUUUGUUCCGAAUGAUAUCAUUGACCGGCUUGACCCAUCUGGUUUUGCUUUCACUACUUUGGGCAGUCAGGAUGGCUCAUUGACCAACAAUGAUCUUCAAUGGUGGUUCUCACAAAACGGCUCAAUCAAUCUCAUCUACGAUCAUUCUCGACACGAACAUAGUCUGAAUCAAAAGAAGACGGAUCCCCUCAAGCUUCUAGCUCAUGUUACCCCUGUACCCGAAGCCACGUCUAAGCAUCCUAAGAUCGGUCGAUGUAACGCGUCAUUAUCUUUGCUCUAUACCACCGCCGACGGGACCGUUCAAGGUGUUGAACGUUAUGGACGCUCUACUGAACCAUCAUUGGUAUACACACUCCGUGCCCUUGAUUGGAUUUCUGGAUUGCAAUGGACAGUUGAGGACAAUGGUAAUACAAUCGAUUCAGAUUUUGCCGCCUAUCGCUGGAACUCGGACAUCGAAAAAACAGGUCGGACUCACUAUGUUCGCUCCAUUGAGAUAUGGCACCCCGAUGGCCCUAUGAAAUUUAUCAGCAAGACCGCAAUAGCCAAUCAUUUUACCCUUUGGACAGCCGCAGCGACCAACACAACACGUCUUUACACCGCGGUACAAAUUCUACUUCAGGAAUUUGUUAAAUAUGCGAAAUCUAUCCCGGGUCUUUCGAGUCAUACUGAAAUGUACGAAACAAUCAACAACUUACGUCUGGUUGAGCACACGAUCAUCAGCUCUGAAACACAAAAUGAAGAUGAUGAAUUCAUCAGAUACCCAGACACUUCGGAAGAUAAUGAAUCCAACAUAGAUUCUGGAGGGCCCAAGGAUGUGAUGUUUGUUGAAGAAGCUUUAAACACGCCUUUAGACGCCUUCAGUCAUUGGACUUAUCAGGAAAGCAAAGGUCAGCGUUUUGUGACCGAACUACGUGGGUCUGGUCACGUUGUUACCAACCCUCAAAUCCAUGAUCUCAAUCCGGCCAGGAACGGCCGAGCAGCGGCUGUAGCCCUCAUGACCGAUCAGCACCAAUGUCGGCUGGGCUGCCAACUACUUCAACUCCCAAAGAUGGUCCGAAUCCAUGUCCAACCACCCCAGGUUGACCUUAUAUGGCAACACGCACAGAAGCUACCUAAUGGUGAUAAGAUCAAUCACGGUCACGUUGAUCUGCCCACUUACUUGUCUCAAUUAGUGCGCCCAGUGGCCCGCAAGCCUCCUACACCCGCUCAGAUUCUAUUUUGA